AUGAAAGUUCUUAAUUUCCCCUUUAUGUUAAAUAAAAGAUCUUAUUUUAGUAUAUACAAUUUUUUUAUUUCAUUAAGAAAGGGUGGCGAAUCUACCUUGAAAAACGAUAUAAAACAUAACUAUAUAAAAGAGCUAUUAACAUAUGAGAAAGAAAAACGAAAAAUGAAAAAGAAGAUAACAGAGUACGAUGGAAAUAAUAUUAGUAAUAAACAUUUUAAUGAAUACUUAAAAGAUAUGGAAGAAAAGAUAAAAACUCAUAAUGAUUUAAUUAGUGAUGAUGAAAAUAAUAAAAAAGUAAAACAUUUAAUUAAAAUGAAUAAAACGGAAGGAGGAAUAAGAAUAAAAUGUUCUACAUCUUUAAUAUAUAUGUUAUCAUUAAAGUGUAGGUAUAUUGAAAGUAUAUGGUUAAAUGUUGCAAAAAAUAAAAAAUGUAAUUCUUUAAAUUGUUUAAGAGAUAUUCUUUUAAAUAUUGAAUGGAACAAAUAUAUACAUUAUGAAGAUUUAAAAUAUAUUCCUUUAAAAAUUAUAUGUACUCAAUCUACAUUAUUUGAUAUAUCGAAUUUAAAAAAUGAAAUAUAUAAAUAUAUAAAUGAAGUCAUUUUAAUGUCUCAAGGUGAUCAAAAUAUAUUAUCAAAAGUCGAGAUUAUUAAAAAUAUAAAAAAUAACAUAAACUCAGAAUAUUCAUAUGAUCAUUUAGUUACUUCAAAAAAGUUCAUUGAUACACAAAAUGAUAUAUAUUCUGAUGACCAUAUAAUAGUACAAGAUAAUAAUUGUUUUACGACAACCGAAAAAAUAAAUAUAGAGAAUAAUUUAAAAAACAUAUGGAAUUUAUUAUCUGUUCAUAUACAUAAUAAUAUAUGUAAUGUUGAUAUAAAAUUCACAGGAAAAUUAUCACCAAGGUUUUAUCAAUAUGUUAAUAUGAAAGAAUUAAAGGAUAUACCAAAUAUAGAAAAAUAUGAAAAUAUUAAUUUUUCAUCUCUUUUUUAUAAAAAUCCUAAAAUAAAUGAUGAGAAAAUAAAAAACAUUGUUAACCAAACUAUACCGCAUUGGUCCGUGUGUGAAGAAAAGAAAAAGAUACAAAUCGAUUAUGAAAAAGAAAUAAAAAUGGAUAAAAAUAAUGAUGAUAUUUAUUAUAAGUAUAAUUAUUUCUUAGAUCCGUAUAAUAAAAAAUUAGGUGUAUCUAAUGAUAAUGUUCAUCGAAAUAUAUAUUCAUCAUUAAUAAAAAAAGAAACAAUAAAUAAUAAUUUAUUUUCUUUAAAUGAUGAACAAUUAUUACUAAAAAAGGAAACAUUUGAAAAAAAUAAAAAUAGACAAAAUAAUAAUUAUGAUAAUAAUAAUAAUGUAAUACAUUACAAGAAUCCACAUAUUAUAGGUGAUCAGAAAGAAAAUAAGACAUAUAAUUUAGAAGCGGAUUUAUCAAAACAUUUUAAUAUAACCAAACAUGAUAUGAUUAAUUAUUUAAAUGAUUUGGAACUUAGACGAAUGAUUUAUUAUAAUAAUAAUUUUUUUUUAAGUGAUGAUAGUUAUGAUUCUUCAAGUUGUAUAUAUUCUUUAAUUAUAAAAAAAUGUCUACACAAUAAAAAAAAUAUAAAUAUUAUAUGGGAUCCAUUUUGUAGUACUGGAAAUUUAAUAUUCGAAUUAUUAUCUUAUCUACUAAAUAUUCCAUUAUAUAAUCAAGACGAAAUAGUACCCUUUAUGAAUUUAAAAAUAUAUAAUCAUCACGAAUUUCUUAAUAUAUAUAAUUAUAACAUGAAGCAUCUAAUUAAUAAUUAUUCAAAUAUACAUAUAAUAGGUAGCGACAAUAGAGAUAUGAUGAUUUUACAGUGUAAAAAAUAUUUGAUUAGAUAUGCCUUAUAUUAUAAAAAAAUAUUAAAAUAUAUUAAAGAUAAAAACAAAAAUGAAAUAACUACUCAAAAAGAUAUACAUAUACCUUUUAAUACAAAGAAUUAUACUAACCUUGCGGAUUAUACUCGUUCAAAUUAUAUAAAGAAAAACUCUUUCUUAAAAAAUGUCUUAAAGGAAGACUUAGAAACAUAUGAUGGUGUAGAUAGUAGUACUGAUGAUAUGAAUGACCUUUUUUAUGAAACGUCCCCCUGGAAUUUUUCCACAGACAUGGAUGAGUUGCGUAAAGUGAAGGAAGAAAAUAUAAAAAAUAAAAAUAGUGUGGAAAGUAUAAGAAAUAAAAAUAUUUUAAAUAGUAGUAACCAUAGGACAAUUUUAAAAAAUGCAGAAAAAAACGUCAAUACAUCAGAUCAAUGUAAUGAUAAAAUUAAUGCCCCUGAUAUGGAUAUAAUAUCUAUAUCAACAGAGGAAGAUAAAAAGUAUAAUAUAAAUUUACCUUUUGAUGUUUCUUUUCACAAGGCUCAUUUUUUUAAUCUUUCCCCCUUUAUAAAAAAUGCAAUAAUUAUAACAAAGAUACCUCACUUUAAUUUCUGCAAGGAACUGGGUGUUAACAAGAAAACGUUCAUGUUAUAUGAACAAUUCGAUCAAAUGCUGUGCUCGAAAAAUGAUUGGGAAGGUGUUUAUGUGUUGAUAAGAAAUAAAACAUUUUUAAAUAAAUCAAAAUUAGAGUGGAAUAAAGUAUUAUCAAUAAAAGAUUCUAAAGGCAGAUUUCUAACCUUACUCUCAUGGACUGGAAGAAAAAAAAAUUUAUAUUCCUUGAACAAUGAAUAUGAUAAAUUGAAGGAACUUGAAAAGUUUAGUGAGAAAUUAAAGUUUGACAUAUAA